GGCAGCAUAGGGGGUGGGGGGGAACCGCAGACCGACAGAAAAAGAGAGAGCAGGGGCGAUGGCCGCGGAUGGAGGAUGCGCCGGGGACACGGUGGAUCAGUACCGAGCCGAGGUGGAGAGGCUGACCCAGGAACUGGCAGAGGCCAACCGGGAGAAGAUCAGGGCUGCGGAGUGCGGGCUGGUGGUCCUGGAGGAGAACCAGGCUCUGAAGCACAAGUAUGCCGAGCUGGAGAGCGAGCAGGAGACUCUGAGGAAGGAGUUGGAGCAGUUACAGGAGGCGUUUGGCCAGGCUUACACUAACCAGCGUAAGGUGGCAGAGGAUGGGGAGUCCAAUGAGGAGUCGCUGCUGCAGGAAUCGGCUUCGAAGGAGGCCUACUACAUGGGCCGCCUGCUGGACCUGCAGACGGAGCUGACACUAAGCCGGUCGGUGGCUUCCAACUCCCAGUCGGAGAGCGAACGACUCAGUGGACUGGUACAGGAGUUACGAGAGAGCAAUGAGAUGCUGGAGCUGCAGAGGAGCAGGAUGAGGGAAGAAAUCAAAGAGUACAAGUUCAGAGAGACCAGGCUGCUUCAGGAUUACACCGAACUAGAGGAGGAGAACAUCACUCUGCAGAAACUGGUGUCGACGCUCAAGCAGAGCCAGGUGGAGUAUGAGGGGCUGAAACAUGAAAUUAAAGUACUGGAGGAGGAGACAGUCCUUCUAAACAGCCAGCUGGAAGACGCUUUACGCUUGAAGGAAAUCUCUGAGGGUCAACUGGAAGAGGCCCUGGAUGCCCUGAAGAGUGAACGUGAACAGAAGAACAAUCUGAGGAAGGAGCUGGCCCACCACCUCAGCCUCAGUGACAGUGUCUACGGAGCAGGGGCCCAUCUGGCGCUCACCGUCACUGGUGUCGAGGGCCUCAAGUUCCCAGACGAAGCCAACGGAACCAAUGGCACCAACGGCACCGCAAUCCCACCUGCCAAUGGAAACACAGAGGACAGCAACCGACGCAACGGCCACCUCCACGGAGGUACGGGGCUGGCUAAGAUGAACGGAGACUACCGGCCGGGGCGUAAAGGAGAUGGGCUUCACCCGGUGCCGGAUCUAUUCAGUGAACUCAACCUGUCGGAGAUGCAGAAGCUCAAACAGCAGCUGCUACAGGUGGAGCGUGAGAAGGCGUCCCUCCUGUUGAACCUUCAGGAGUCACAGACCCAGCUGCAGCACACGCAGGGCGCGCUGACCGAGCAGAGUGAGCGCGUCCAUCGCCUCACGGAGCACGUCAACGCCAUGAAGCAUCUCAAUGGAGACAAAGAGCUCGAAGACCCGCAAGAAAGUGAGAAGCCUGAUGGUGGUUUGAUGUCACCGCCCGCCAAUGGCCAUCAUGAUCCUGAUAUCCAUGGUUUUGAGAUCUUGGAGUGUAAAUAUAAAGUGGCGGUGACCGAGGUGAUUGACCUGAAAGCAGAGCUGAAGGCCCUGAAGGAGAAGUACAACCAGACAGUGGAGGGACAGGCAGACAACCACAGUGACGACAGGCUCCAAGCACUCAGUGAACAGGUGACUCAUUUGGACCGCAGCUGUCGUGAGGGCCGGGAGAGGAUCGCAAGCUUGGAGGCAGAGCUCCGAGCAUCCUCGAGCACAGCCACAGAGAGCCAGGGCAUGUUGAACACAGCGCAGGAUGAGCUGGUAACCUUCAGUGAGGAGCUGGCACAGCUUUACCACCACGUCUGCCUGUGCAACAAUGAGACACCAAAUCGAGUCAUGCUAGACUACUACCGGCAGAGCCGUGUCACACGAAGCGGGAGCCUAAAAGGCUCAGACGACCCCCGGGCUUUACUCUCACCUCGCCUGGCGCGACGCCUCGCUGCAGCCUCUGCGGCGUGCUCCAACGAGUCCCCACGCAGCCCCAUGGACUCUCCAUCCAAAGACACCAAUCACAGCGAGACAACAACCAACAGCGGUGACUCUCCUAGUUGUCACGGCAGCCCCACCCGCAACCCCACUGGCUCCCCAGUCAUCAGCAUCUCUCCCUCCCCAUCUCCGGUGCCCUCAGAGGCAGGUGGCGACCUACGAAAGGAGCCCAUGAACAUCUACAACCUGAACGCCAUCAUCAGAGACCAGAUCAAACACCUCCAGAGGGCUGUGGAUCGCUCUCUGCAGCUGUCGAGGCAGAGGGCUGCAGCCAGGGAACUGGCACCGAUGCUUGACAAGGACAAAGAGUCCUGCAUGGAGGAGAUCCUCAAGUUGAAGUCUCUGCUGAGCACCAAGAGAGAGCAGAUAGCCACGCUCAGGCUGGUGCUCAAGGCCAAUAAACAGACUGCAGAGGUUGCGUUGGCGAAUUUGAAAAGCAAAUAUGAGAAUGAAAAGGCGAUGGUAACUGAGACCAUGAUGAAGCUAAGGAACGAACUAAAGGCUUUGAAAGAAGACGCUGCCACCUUCUCGUCUCUCAGGGCGAUGUUUGCAACAAGAUGUGAUGAGUACGUCACCCAGCUGGAUGAGAUGCAGAGGCAGCUGGCAGCAGCAGAAGAUGAGAAGAAGACUCUGAAUUCUCUGCUUCGUAUGGCUAUUCAGCAGAAACUGGCCUUGACCCAACGCUUGGAAGAUCUAGAGUUUGACCACGAGCAGACCCACCGAGGCCGCGGCGCUAAAGUGCCCAAGAUAAAGAGCAGCCCUCCCAAAUUUCUUGUAGAUUGUCAGCAGCCUGCUGCCUCAGUACCGUCACUCUCCCCACAACUAAGGCGAGGGAGAGCCUCCCUAGCCCGCAGUCCUAAAUUUGCGGCAGACCUCCAGGACCACCAAGCAGUCGCAGUGGCAGUCUUAUCCAGCAGCAGUAGUCCUCUCUCUCCCUGUGACCCUCGUAACUGCCUGGCCCACCACCCCCAGCCCUUCGGUACCUAACCUCACCUCACCGCUCUGGGUCCAGUCUUUUAGGUGCAGAGACACAAACACUCUAAGCUGGGGUUCUUUCACUUUAACCUCCCCUGACCUGACCCAACCCGACCCGACUCUCC